CCCACCACGCCUUCCCCCUCCCCCUCUUCCUCUCUCUCUCUCUCUCUCUCUCUCUCGCUCUCUUGCGCCAUGAAGCAACUCAUCCGUCGCCUCUCCCGAGUUUCUGACUCGUCGCAGUACAUCCUUCUCCGCUCUUCCGACUCAUCCUCACCCGCCCAAACCCAUUCCAAAACUCGCCGUUCCAAAUCCAAAUCCAAUAAAACUCGUGGAUCCGUCACCGCCUCCGGCCUCGUCCCACAAGGCCAUCUCCCCGUCUACGUCGGUGACGAGAUGGAGCGGUUCGUUGUCCGAGCCGAUUGUUUGAAGCACCCCAUUUUCAUCCAGCUUCUGGAAAGAUCGGCGCAGGAGUACGGGUACGAGCAGCAGGGCGUACUCAGGAUCCCUUGCAGGGUCUUUCUCUUCGAGAGGGUUUUGGAUAUCUUGAAGGAUGGAGAUGAGAUCGACAGUGCAGAUGUUGAUGAGCUUUUUGGGUUGUUUUCUGAGGAGUUCCUUUGAUAUCUUUUUCGGGUUUUCUCUGUGGGAUAAUUUUGUAUAUAUAACCUGCGGUUUAAAAAAAAGAAAAAAGAAAAACAGAAGAAGAGGGCUUUGAAUGUUGUUGUUUUCGUUUUGAUGGGUUUUCUUAUCAGAUCAGAUGUGUAAAGAGGAAAAUGAAUAGGCAAAGCCAAAGGAAAAUCGCUUCUGCUUCA